GAGCGAGACAAACGGAUACAAGUUUUACUCUUAAUCAAACAAACCAUAAAACAUUCCAAAUGCGCUGAAACCGAAAACUUAUCUUACAGUCGCGUUCCACCUCGCAUUCCGUACGAAUCGCUACCGCCGUCGCAGUCCAACGAAACCGGAAAAUGUCGGUGGCGCAGCACCUGAUUAUUGUUACAGUGGGCCUGCUGCUGGGAUUCCUGAGACCCACUUCCGCGGGAGUUCCCCUGCCGCGGUACGAGGCCAUGCUCAAGCAGCAGUCGGCGGUGGAGGAUCCCUCUCUGGGCCUCUACGAUGACACCGACAAGGUGGUCCGCCUGAAUGUGGACAACUUCAAUGCCACGGUGCUGGACCAGAACCGGGGGGCGCUCGUCGAGUUCUACAACACAUAUUGUGGGCAUUGCCGGAGAUUUGCGCCCACCUACAAGGUGAUCGCGGAGCACCUGUUGCCCUGGUCCGAGGUUCUCAUUGUCGCCGCCAUCGAUUGUGCGGCGGAGGAGAACAACGGCGUCUGCCGCGACUACGAGGUGAUGGGCUAUCCCACACUGCGGUAUCUUGGACCCGGUUUCCAGCCCAGCGCCCAGCACUAUGGCCAGAGCCUGCUGACGCAGGAUGAGAACGAGAUACGGGGACUGCUGGCGGGCAUGUUGGCGGCGGAGAACAUGACCAGCAGUCACAACAACACCCUCUGGCCCAGCUUCCACACCAUCACGGAGAGUGAUUCCGCGUCCAGCCUUUUCGAGGGUCUCAGCAGUGUCAAGCAGUAUGUGGCCGUGAUCCACGAGCCGGAAAACUCUACGGUGGGCAUUGAAACCGCUCUGUUCCUGCUUAAUUGGCCAGCGGUGGAAGUGCGCCGCGUUCAGGACGCCAAGGUGGCAGCCAAGUUCAAGAUUGAACCCACAAACCUGUCCCUGAGUCUGGUGGAUCGCAAGGGUGUGAUUACAGCCUACGCGGCGGAAAAUGCGGACAGUGCUUCCUACGCCAAAAAGAUCGAGGAGGUGCUACGGCAGAAGAACAUCACACCCAGGCCGGCAAAGCUGGUGCAACCGCGGACCACAGUGGCCACAAAGACCGCGGAGCAGAACGAUCUCAUCAAGGAGGUGCAGCGGAACAAGCAUUUCGUCUACCAGGCUGAUCUCGAGCAGGCCAUUCGCACGGUGCUGCACAACGAGGUGGCCAAGGUGGCCGAGAUCAGUGGCGAGCGGCUGCUUGCCCUUCAACGCUUCCUGACCGUGCUGCAGCGCUACAAUCCCCUGGGAGCCAACGGCCAUAAGCUGGUCAACCAGUUGAAGGACUAUGUGGUGCAGUUCAACGAGCAGCUUUCAGGAGAGCAGUUCGAGCAGGAGCUGAAGCGACUAGAGGCCCACCUCUUGCCCGUCUACUCCUCUACACACUUUGUGGGUUGCGCUGGCUCCAAGCCGCGCCUGCGAGGCUUUAGCUGCUCCUUGUGGACUCUCUUCCACUUUAUGACAGUGCAGGCUGAGUCUAACGAGGAUUCAUCGGAUCCGCUGGAAGUCCUGCAGGCCAUGCAUGGCUACAUCAAGAACUUCUUUGGCUGCACCGAAUGCGCCGAGCACUUCCAGGCAAUGGCAUCGAGACGCAAAAUCUGGAGCGUGCCGAACAAGGAGGAGGCGGUUCUCUGGCUGUGGGCUGCUCACAAUGAGGUGAACCAGCGGCUGGCUGGCGACGAUACCGAGGAUCCGGAAUUCCCCAAACAGCAGUUUCCCAGCCCCAACAGCUGUCCCGAAUGCCGCCGGUCGCCAGAUACCAAAUCAGAGAACCUGGAGAUUGAGUGGAAUAAGGACGCCGUAUUGGGCUUCCUCAGGAAUAUACACAAUCCGCAGUUUGUCAGCCGCUAUGGCAUCCAGCGGGAGGAGCUGCUGCAUCCAUCGGUGGAUAAGAUGCGGCAAAAGCGUCAAAUAUCCAGCGUCUUCACCGACAUGGACAUGCGUAUGGGCAUGCUGCUGUACGCCUUCUGCAUUGUGAUGAUGGUGCUGGCCUUCAAGCUGUUCGCUUUUAAGGGAUACCGCAAGAAGCCCUAUGGACACGACCUGCUUGGCAAGGUGUAGGAUGGACGGAUGGAUAAUCCCCGACAAAGCUUCCGCUAAUUCUAGAAAAAGACACCGAUACCAUGACCACCUCUCAGCAGAAUGUUUUUGUUUUUUGUAAUCGUGGCACUCAGCGUUAGGAUUAAGAUAAAAGUGUGUGUUGUGUAUAUAUAAAUAUUAUGAGCAUUAUCUUCCAGUUGUAGUCCCUAAAAAACAUAAUCGCUUUUUUACAACGACAAAGAUGCACCAAAUGUGAUUUUUUUCACUCCACAAGUAAACGCUACCCUGUGUGCAUUUGAAUAAAAAAAUACAUAUUAAACCAAA